AUAUCGCAGAUGUCAAUUUCUAAUUUGUUUAUCCGUUUUCAGUCGGAACAGAAACGGAUGAAAAAGUGCACAAAAACUAAGUCUUGUUGUAUGGAAACCAGAGUUCGUGCCAUUUUGUGGUUCCAGUAGGUAGAAGAUUUCCUCGAAAAUCUAUUUAUUCUGUGCAAACGGUUUCUUCGAUUAUCUAUCCAGUGUUAGGGGCCCACAAGAAAAUCGCUCUGCAUUAUGUGUUUACAGGCAGACAAGAACCGAAAAGCAAUAACAUAUCUACGUUCAGAGAAGGCAAGAGAAGCCACAUUCACCGUAUGGCCUUUCAGCAGCAGGCAGCCCUGUAGUAUCAAAAAGAUGGCAGAGGCGGGAUUCGUGUUCACUGGAUCGUACAAGGAUCCCGAUUCAGUGCAAUGCUGUUUCUGUACGAAGCAACUGAAUAACUGGGAAGCCAAUGAUGAGCCCUGGUCGGAACAUUUGAAGCACUCGCCCCAGUGUCAGUUUGCUCUAAUGCAAAAGCCGCAGGAUUUAUGGACAGUUGGCGAGUUAAUCAAGGUUAUUGAAGAGUAUUGUUGCAAUGAGGUCAACCGGAAAUAUGAAGAACUCGAAGCGGAGGCGAAGGAACAUUAUGAAAAAAUGAGAGAAAUGAUAAGGUCCUGAUUUGCGUGGUAUUUAUACACACAAUACAAUUAUUUAAAAAACGUA